AUAAUUGGAGGGCGGUCUCACACUUGUAAGAAAUACCAUUGUAAUAACACGAGCAUAUUGCUAUUACAUUGUUAUAACUAACUUCUUUCUUAAACAAGGUUCUCUCACAUACUCACAAGCAGAAACUGAGGCACACACACACCAGAGACAGAUGGCUGACACAGAACAUUCAUAAACACUGAUAAGGCAGGGAAGGCCUUGAGCAAGAGUGCUUGGUACGGCUUCCCACGAAAUAAUGAGACACACACACAUAACCAAGGACAGAGGGCUGACUACGCACACACAAAAACUCCUCUUCAGUCUGAACAUUUUUGAAGACAAAGAACUCUACUCAGAGCCAAUGGGACAGUGAUACUAGCCUGAAGGAGACCUCGCCCAACUCAUCAGAACCAACCAGAGGACCAGAACUUCCAGACUCAACCUACUUUCUGUGCUGUAUAAAAUGACUAUGUAUUUCUGUUAUCUGGGCUCUGUCUGCAGGUUCCUUACGAGCCGAAUGAACGAGUCCAAGCAUGCUUGUAUCAGAUAUCUUUACCUCUGAAUAAAACUGCUUUUUAUUAUACGAAUAUCCACCCUGUCCAGAGUCUCUACUUCGUCUCAGUUCUCCAGUAAACUUGUGUCAUCAACACACUCCAGUACAGUAGGUGGCGAUGUAUGCACCUUUCAGUUGGUUGCGUCAAUACAAAUGUAAAUAAGUAAUAAGCGGAAGUGAGUAGAGAUCGAGAACAAUUUCCACGUUAGCCUUUUUGUUUUUUAGACAUUUAUUAACACCCUGAAACUCAAUGCGAUUCAUUUUAACUGCAAAACAACACGUACUUAACUCGGGUAGUCUUUAAUUCGCGUUGGAGACAGGACUUGGUUGAUAGCAGCUAGCUAGCGUUACCUAGAAAACAUCUAACGAUACUAGUAAACAAUGGCUAACGAUAUGGUUUUUCACACUCAAAUAGCCUCGAUUAUGGAGGUGCUAGCGAAUGCAGCCGUGGCAGAGAUCUGUAAACUCGUAGACGACGACUAUGCAGUGUUUCGUUUGGAAAUGUCUCAAAGCCAGAAAGACAAUAGGGGAUUGCGCAGGAAACUACAGCUACUGGAACUGAAGGUGGCACGGGAGCGCGCAGAGAGGACAAUACGAGAGCGCGUCCUUGCCAUUCGUCCCAGUAGUGUCAAGAUCCUCGACCGAUACAGAGGAAUGGCAAGAGGUGAAGGACAUCUCACUGGAGGCCACAGGAGUAUUGUGAAGCCAGUGGGACCCAAUGCGUGGAGAGAUGACCAACCCAUAGCUAUAGAUGAGGGGAGUGGAACCUCAACCCAGCAUGUUAUCGUGAUAGAGUCUGCAGAUCCAGAGGCUGCAGGUCCUGAAGGAUCGUCUCUGGUCAAGCAGGAGAGGACUGAAGGAGAGGACCCACGGCACAGCGGAGACACCCAAACUAGAGCAGUGGCUACUGUGGCACCUCCUGAAGCCACGGUGGACCUCACCACCGCCAGCUCACCCCAGCCCAGGACCGGACGUAGCAUCACGGAGGAGGAGGGUCCAGAGGUGCUUCUGGUGAAGGAGGAGGGUCUGGGGAACCCUGAGGGGACCAUGGUCAUGGAGGACAACCAGACUACACCUCCUCCUGAAACCACAGAGGAACCAGCUGAGCAACACAGGACCACACACAGUCUCACUGAGCCAGUAGACAUGGAGGAUGGGAAACCUGAUCUGCUGCUGGUCAAAGAGGAGACAAUAGAAGACGGACCAGAGAGCAUUGAUCUGCUGAGUGGACUAAAGAUGGGGGAGCAAGAUGUUUGGAUGGAGGCUAACAGAGGAGACUGGGCAGCCAUCUUGAAUUCCCAGAACCAGACGGGUGCAGCUAAGGGCCCAGGGGAUAUCAUCACUGAGCAGGCCAGGACCAGAGGCGACAUAGUGGAGUCUGGAGUCCAUGAAGACCUGCUAAUAUCUGGUGUUGCUGGCAGGAGAGACUGGGCCUCUGAGGUGGCUGGUCACAAGCCCUGGCUCUUGAUCAGGACCCUGAAUCAGGAGCCGUCGCUCUUCCUUCCCGAGUCGGAACGGGGACGGAAUCGCGAGGGACCGAGACUCCACCAACACACAGAACACACCCAGUGGACAGGUGGACUGAACAACAGUCCUGGUGGUCAUCAGAGAGACAGAGGCUCCAGUCAGGGAUCCAGUCAGCAACCCAGACCCUUCUCUUCACAUUCUCAGUGCAGGGAUGAAGCAGGACCUGGGGCUGAUAGAGAUAGACCUUCCUGUUCCUAUGAUACAAACACCACCGUAUCCAUGAUGAACAAAGCAGGUCACCCUGGGCUUCAGCCUUCACAGAGAGUGGUGGGAGACCCCCCGGGUGAUAGUCUAGCAGCAAGUCUGUCUUCACCUUCAGGGUCUUGUCUAAUGCCUGGUGACUGGGUUCAUAGAAGUCCUGGGUCUGGACCUGUGUCUAGCCUUCCUCAGUUACCUCAUGGUUACCCCACCAAUACAGACAGGGUCAGGAUGGGUGUUCACCACAAGAGGUAUCUAGCUUAUAACGCAGCACACAAUCCCAACAACACCCAAACAAUGGCUAGAGGUCAAGGAGGAAGCUCAAAGACUCCUGCUUCUACCUCCUCUGGUGUCAUUGGGUCACAACGUGGGAUGCCAAGCAUUAGCACAGACGAAGACAAGCCAUACUCCUGCCCCACGUGUGGGAAGCGCUUUGCAAAGGCGACCUACGUGAAGAAGCACCAGACCAUUCACAUCAAGGAGAGGCCCUUCAAGUGUAAGCUGUGUUACAAGAGCUUCUCAUUCCUGAGUUACCUUAUCAGGCAUAGGAGUGUCCACAACAGGGAGCAAUCAUAGCAUUGGGUCUUAAGAUGUACACAGGAGAUAUCUGGAAACUAUUAUUUAGCUGAAAUAUUAUAGUUAUCAUGUGAAACGUCCUGGAGUUUUGAGGGGGAUUACCAAGUCCCUCAGUUGAGCAUCUGGGUAAACUCACAUUCUCACAUGAUAGACUUGUUUGGUGUGCUUGCAUAGCCAAAACACUGUCAUGUUACUGAAGAGUAACACUAUAUUCCCCCUCUGAAUUUGGUUUUGCCUAUGUUCUAUUCAUAAUAAAUAUGUCCCUCUUUUUUAUAACACCUUUAUUCCCCCCCCCCCCCCCCCCCCCCCCCCCCCCCCCCCCACACACACACUCAGGUUGUACCUGUUCCUUUAUGUACUAAAAAUAGGUGAUCAAAAUACACCCUCUUUUUAUAACACCUUUAUAACAAGCCAGGUCUGCUGAGAUGACAUGACCCCGAGGUCAUGCUUUCAUUGGGGAAGAGGUCCAAAAACAACCCCUUACUGUGUCCCUUUCCCCUAUUGCCCUCCCAUGGCACUGGGUAGUAGGUAGGAGUUCUCCUUAAUCAGAUAGUUUUCAUCCUCCCCUCUAUCAUCUUCCAUAUCUGUUAUGUGUAUUAUUGUUAUGCAUCUCCCAUGGUUGUAGCAAACAUUGCCACUCAAUAAUUGACUUCCCCAGCCACACAAGUCAUUGCCUGACGAAUCAAACUGAAUUAUUCCGCUGCUCUAUCAUUCGCUAUGUACUUCAGUCUGAGACGGCCAUCAUUGAAGUCGUUUGUGGUGACAUCAAAGUGAGGGGUGUUUUACAAAACAAAGUCAUCUGCGAUUGGAUCAUUUCUAACCAAUCGGUAUCAAAGCCAAUGACGAAUUUUCAAAACGUAGCUUUACCCAAUGUGUGUUCUGGCUCUGUCCUGACCCAUUGGUUUCUGCGACCAAUCAGAAUGGUUAGAAUAUGUUUGCGUUUUAGAAAUCGUCAGGGAGGUACUCUGAUAGCGUUUGGCCGGAGCAAGAAGUUUGAGUAGCCAAGCAAAGCAAGGCACACUCAGAGUAAGCUGUAUUUAUACUGCCGUAAGUCACCAUGUCAAUGGCCUGAAGGCUUAAUAAGGUCUUGUGAUGACUGGGGUAAAAUAUUAAACAUGAACGAAUAUGCACCUGUACUUGAGAUUACUGACUGGAUGGCUCUACAAACUGUUUAGGAGGGUAAUUAACCACAUGCCUCUCAUUAACCCUUUGUUAACUUGUCAUUUGAAAUGGGUUUGUGUGAACUGUUUUUAGAGAGACAGUAAAUCUAGGCUAAAACAAGGACAGUUGAAUAUUUACCUUACUGAGGUGAAGAUGGAAUAAAGUCAUACUCUUUUCUACUCUAUACUUACUGACACACUGUUCUUUCUAAACUUGAAAGAUACUGUAGCUGUCAUGAAGAGGAUUUUAUUUUAUGUUAUUAGGAUCCCCAUUAGCCGACACCAAUGGCGAACGUUAGUCUUACUGUGGUCCGACACAUAACGAAAAAGACAUUACAGACAAUUUACAUAUAUUUAAAAACAUUAACAUGUGUGUGUGUGUGCAUCUAUCAGUUACACACACGUUUGUACAUCCACACAAGUAAGUCACAUGGGGGAGAGGCGUUGUGUCGUGAGGUGUUGCUUUAUUUGUUUUUUGAUAGCCAGGUUUGCUGUUCACUUGCGCUAUAUGAAAUUGAAUGGAGUUCCAUGCAAUCAUGGCUCUGUAUAAUACUGUACAUUUCCUUGAAUUUGUUCUGGACCUGGGGACUGUGAAAAGAACCAUGGUGGCAUGUCUGGUGGGGUAAGUGUGUGUGUCAGUGCUGUGUGUCAUUUUACUAUGCAAGCAAUUUGGAAUUUCCUUACACAUUUUUUGUUAUAAAAACAAGAAGUGACGCAGUCAGUCUUUCCUCAACUCUUAGUCAAGGGAGACUGGCAUGCAUAGUAUAGAUAUUAGCCCUCUGAUUACAAUGAAGAGCAAAAAGUUCCGCUCUGUUCUGGGCCAGCCGCAGCUUAACUAGGUCCUUCUUUGCAGCACUUGACCAUAUAACUGGACAAUAAUCAAGAUAAGAUCAAACUAGAUCCUGCAGGACUUGCUUUGUGGAGUGUGGUGUCAAAAAAGGAACGCAUCUCUAUCACAGACAGACCUCUCUCCAUCUUUACAACCAUUGAAUCUAUAUGUUUUGACCAUGACAGUUUAAAAUCUAAGGUAACACCAAGUGUACUGAACAACAAUAUAAAUGUAACAUACAACAAUUUCAAAGAUUUUACUGAGUUACAGUUCAUAUAAGGAUAUCAGUCAAUAAAAAAAAUGGAUUUAACAUGA